AACCAAAACAUAUCGAUACGUUCUCGAAGGGAUACAUACGACGUGGUCUUCUCUCGUGUUCGAAACUGGGGAGCUCCAAUCGUAUCAAUUGAGCGCACGAUCCGCGACUAUGGCCAUGGCCGAGAAAUGGAAGUUUCACAUCGCACUCGCGAUCCCACCGCACGCCGAUAUAACCAACUCGGAUAUCGCCAGCCCUACUAUAUCGACACUUAUUGGAUUCGUAACGAGAGCAAUUCUCGUUGGAUUCUUGACCCAGCACAUCAUGGGAAUGUGCCUCCGAGAUAUCAUGAGGAGCCUGAGAAUGGGGUAG